AUCCAGUGUAGCUAUACGUGAUAUCGCAUUUGAGCAAAAUUGUCGGCCGCGAAGAAAGACGAUCCAAAGAUUGCGGCUCAUGUCAGACAGUUAUAUGAACUACCUAUCUAGCAAGCCCGCCUACCUUAACACCUACUCCUCUGCACCGUCAACAGUCGUAGUGCGUUUACAGCAUCACAUCUGAUUCCUCUCACCUCUUCAACAUGACCGUGGCUGGUUCAAGAAAGAUGGAUGGUGCUGCUGCCCCUUAUGCACCGACUGCGAACCUAGAUACUGUGGUUUUUUCCAAAGUACUAGACCGCGACCCAGCGACCAUUGACAAGAUUAUCUCUGCCUGCGAGAAUGUUGGCUUCUUCUAUUUGGACAUUUCGGACCAGUAUUCUGCUACAAUGUUAGAGAACCUUGAGAGGUUGAACAUUGUUAUGAAGGACUGGUUCGACCAGCCAACCGCUGCGAAGCGCAAAGAACUGGCUAUCAGCAUGGCAUCUCAUGGAUACAAGCCAAUCGGUUCACAGGCUGGGACGCACGGAGGUCGAGAUGGCUGGGAAGUUCUCAAGACGGGCAGCUUUGAACUGGCCGGUCGAUGGGGCUUACCAUCAGUGGUAGAAGACAACCUCCAGACAUUCACCUCUUUCCAGAGCCAGUGUCACUACAUUACUCGAGUGCUCCUUGACCGUAUCUCGAACGCUCUGGGGCUGAAGGGAGCGCAGAGCCUCAACCACUUCCACCGAAGCGACUGCCCGUCUAAGAGUGCCCUUGCAUUCCUGCAUUAUAUCCCGAUGGAUCCAACUGGAGGUUAUGCCGGACAUAAUGUCCACACAGACUAUGGCACCCUGACACUUGUCUUUGCGCCCCAGUGGGGUUUGCAAGUCCUUUCAACUCCCGAAAUAUCCUCACCGUCCUCAGCCUCCUCCUCGACGUCUCACGAUUCAGACGAAAGUCUCGAUAGUGGCUACCACAGAGGACACAGUGAGGGCCACGCCAAUAAUGACCCCAAGAAAGAAAAGGCGGAAACACCCAUGGAGUGGCAGUAUGUCGAGCCACGUCCCGGCUGCGCGGUGGUCAAUGUGGCUGAUGUGCUACGAUUCUUGACGCGCGAUAGACUGAAGUCGGCAGUGCAUCGUGUCCUUCCGUUGCCAGAUGUGGAUCGCUAUUCUGUCACAUACUUCCUAAGACCUAGCGAUGAUGUUGAGUUUAUCGAUGGAGAAGGUCGGCUGACAAAUGUUAUGGAUUGGUACGACCGCAAGAACAACAUGUAUGAGGCUUCUUAUGGGAAUCAGGAUCGGUCUUUGCUCAUUGGCGGGUUGUAUAAGGAGGUGUAAUGUUUCUCUAGCAUGAUCGUUCCCUUUUGGAAUUCACGGCUUCUGAAAUGGGUAUGCACCAAGUAGGUACGUACUUGUGUUAAAGAGGUGCUUCUUCUUUCCAAUCUUCUAUUCGCUCUCUCCGUAGUUUCAGAUCAUCUCAUUUGACUGUGUAUUCUCAUCAAUCCAGUAACUGACGGUCGUCGUCAAGUAGAAGCUCGC